UACGUUCACAAACUCUGUAGUACACCUAACGCUGUGCACAAACAAAUCCACAAUUUUUUUUUGUUGUAAAGAAAGAUCUGAAAAGGAUAGUUAAAAAAUCCAGAAGCUCUAGUUUUGGGUGGUGUUACUCGCGAAGCGCGUUUUGUUAAGAUUCGUUCAUUACUGUUGAAGUUCUUAAGGAAUGUGUUGUUUUGAAUUCGAUUGACUUGAUCCGUUUGAUACGCUGAGGAUGUCGGUUACUCGCUGUUGAUUUUGGAGGUAACUGCUUUUUUUUUCGAGCUUGAUUUUUGGCUUGCCAAUGGCGGGAGAGAUUCAAGAGCCUUUCAACAUUAGUUUUUUGACAGAAUCUCUGCAUUCUGGUUCUGUAUCAUUUGGCAGAUUUGAAAAUGAACCCUUAGCUUGGGAAAGAAGAUCCUCCUUCUCACAUAAUAGAUAUCUUGAAGAAGUUGAGAAAUUCUCAAAACCUGGUUCAGUUAUUGAGAAGAAAGCUUAUUUUGAAGCUCACUUUAGGAGGAAGGCACGUCUUCUCCAAGGUACAUCUGCGGGCCAAAAUGGAGGUGAAGCUCAAACCUUUGAGAAUGGUGUUGCAGCAAAUGAGGGUUAUGGAGACUGUCAAACAGUUGAGAACCAUUCUUCAGAGAACAAAUAUUAUGGAGAAGAAUCUGAUAUUUUAAGUAAAGAUAGCUACUACAAUCAUUCUGAUGAGAAUGGUUUGGAUCAUGCAGAUUAUGGGGAAGAUUUUUGUUGUGAGAAUAAAGGAAGGCUAUUUCAUUAUGAAAAUGAAGGGAACCAGUCUGAUCAUGUGAAUGAAGGUAGACUUUGUGCUCAUUCUGAAAAUAGUCCUGAAGAUUCAGAAUAUCUUGGGGAAGGUGCUUUGAUUGAAUGUGGAAGAGACUAUCCUGAAGAUUUAUCCACUAAUGAAACUCAUGGUUUGGUUCCUGGGGAUGUUAAACCUGAGGAGAGUCCUCAAAUUGAAAUUGAAUGUGAUAAGCCACUUAGUAGAAGCAAUAAACUAGAGAAAAAUAUGGAGGAAAACCAUGAUGAUGAAGCAGUUAGCAUUGAUGAAUCACUUAAGUCCAGGGAUCCAUCUCCCGUUGCUGGAACCACUGGAGAUGUUGAUACUGCUAGGCUAGGAAUUCAACAAAUUGAUACUGCUAGGUUAGAAAUUCAACAAAGUCAUUCACCAAAGUUGAUGGCUACUAUUGUACGAGCUACUAAACCAAUGUUGAAGUCUCAAAUGAGUCCUGAUCAUUCCCGGAAAAACAUUUCUUCUGAUCUUUCAAAAGUGGCUGCUAGGGUUCUAGAAAGAAAGGAAAAAGAGAUCACAAGGAGAACAAAAGCAGAAAAACUACCAUCACGAACUGCCACUCCAACUAGACGUCCAAUGCCCAGAUCUCCAAAAAAAGAAGUGAAAAGAGACAAUGCUAACUUAAGCACCGAGCAUAAAAGUAUAAAAAGAGCAGUGACAAAGAAAGUAAUUGAAGCUCGACCUUCUUCAUUGAAAAAGAUUGAACCUGUUGCUCGCCAGACACCAAAUAGGCUUAAGCAGAAUGUCAAUUCAACUAAGGCAGAUGUAAAGUCAACUGCUGGGUCAUUCCAUUUCAAAAGUGAUGAACGAGCUGAAAGGAGAAAAGAGUUCUUAAUGAAAUUGGAAGAGAAAAUUCAUGCCAAAGAGGCUGAGAUGAAUCAGAUUCAAGCAAAAACACAGGCAAAGACAGAGGCUGAAAUUAAGCAAUUGCGGAAAAGCCUUAAUUUCAAAGCAAAACCCAUGCCUUCUUUCUAUCAUGUUGCCACAGUACUAGGGUCUAAUGGAAACAAGGUUGCAUCAUCUACCAAGAAACCAGCUAAAGUAGGAUCGAAAUCAGCAAAUGCAGGAGUGGGAUCAACUGCAAGGUCAUCGUCACUCUCCUGGGAAGAAAAUAAAGAGGUCCUUUCUGGUGGAGAAUUUGGGGGUGAGUCGAACUUUCAUACAAUUGAGUCAUCAUCUCAAUCUGGCAUCAUGUCCUCGACUCCAACUGGUAGUCAUGGCUCCCCAGCAUCUGUCACACAAAACAGUAUCCUUUUGAAGAAAGAGAGAGGGAAAGAGGGCAAUAAUUUGCCAAAAUAUCGAAUAUCAGAGAAUGGUAAGGUUGUAAAAGAUCAUAAGAAUGGUGGCAUGCCAAAAGUGGGAGCCCAGAGAAAUAGCCGAGAGGUUAUGAGGAAGAAUAACAUGAGAAGUGCUGGAAUUACCAAUGCCAGUGGUUCUGGUAUGGGUUGUUUAGCAAUUGUAGCUUCCUGAAAUGAUCAGCCAUGGUGUCUCAUCUUCACCCAUUUUACUUUCCCAUAUAGGCAGGGUAUCCGACACAAGUAUCUUCGAAUUAUCUAAUCAUGUGUUGCCUUAAAUGCGCAUUGAAUUUAUAACGCACCAGGAAUGUGACGGUGCCUAGUUUACAUAGAAAACCAGAUUCCUUGCGAGGGAGAUAGCAGAAUGGUAAGGCCGGUAAUAGAUAGUCGAGAGUAGGGUUUCACAAAAAUACUCGAAACAACUUAAAUUACGGGGCGUGUAAUGCAACCUUCAGCUGGAAUUCUAGUCGGUUAAUAAUGGUGGCUCUGUUGUUGUUUGUAGCCCUUACCUACCACCUCUGCCAACAUAUUCCUCGCUAGAAAGAUGAGAUUUGAGGCAAGUGGUUCACCAUUAUCAGGUUAGAAACUCUUUUCUUUUCCCUUUUUUAUCCUUUAAAAUGGCAAUGAAUAGCAUUUAAGCUGA